AUGACGGUAAAAUCGGUAGUGCAAGCUGCUCAGCUCGUCCCCUUGGAGAAGGAAGAUAUUCAUAAGACCAUCAGAGAGGAAAUAACGAACCGUGACGAUGUUACGGCACAUUGUUGGGCACAACUAUUACGGAUGUAUGCUGAAGGUAACGAUGACUGGGUUGGGGCAAUCUGGAGGAAGGUCGUCGAGGAAAUAUCCUCGAAUGAUGACGGUAAGGCGACCGCUAUUAUCCUCAAUGCUCUUGCGAGAUCUCAUUCUAAACAAGCUCAUAUACGUUACUUGAAAUUACCCGAUAUGAAUAGCAGCUCUAAAUGGGAUGUCCACAGUGUUGCGAUAUGUUGUAUAUCUCUGGCACGGCUCGCUCAAACACAAGACGUUAUAGGAGCGGUUGAGGUCGAUGAUAUGUUUGCGCAGUUGGAAGGUUUUUUGAUCACCAAGGUUGAUCUUUCACGAUCAUCGAAUCUACUUCAACUAAAGCAGUUGGCAUUGGGGUUCUCAUUGGUCUACAUGGAGAAAGUCUCAAAUACUUUGUGGAAAUCGAUCGCAGUUGCGGCGAUGGACGGCAGAGUGCCGGGGAGUGGCGAGGACCGUAUUGGCGUACUGGGCUCGCUGUCGGUGGGAUAUCCUUUGGGGAAGGCCACUCGAGAGAUUGAAAGCCUCGCGAGGACUAUUAUAGAUGUUGUUGACUUGACCAAAGUGAACCAAAGGAGCUUCCAUUUGUUGGUUAUGAAGUUGGUGAAAAUGCGUUACUUUCCCGUUGAAGUCAUGAGUAAAGUGGAGGCGUGUAUCGAGCAAGACCCGGAUAGAAUAAUUCCCAACGGCGAGGCUCUCCUCUCGUUGGUCCAUUUCCUAUUCGCGUGUAAUUCAGACCAUGCAGAGCUUUGGAGGAUCGCGAUGGCUAAGUUGGACGUAUUGUAUGAUGGGAUGACGACGGAAGAUCUGUUCGCCUCGGUUGGGUUUAUGACCACUUGCAAUCGUCGGCCGAGUGACCAAGUUGCUGAUGACGUAUUGUCGCGUCUCUCUGAGCCAUCAGAUCACUACCAAGCUCUCAUGGCUUCGAUGGCGCUCUGUCGAGCGGAUUUGGCACUCCAACUUCCAGUGCAUGAAGUAGCGAUGAAAAUCCUUGUGAGUAUGCGUUCUACCAAGCUUCAUACCGAUACUCUGCAAGAGUGUGUGAAUAUGCUCUGCCAAGUGGCACUACUUUCCGGGUCACCGCAGCUGAUGCAGCAGAUAAUUAAUGAUCUCACUCGAUUCCCAUUGAGGAAUACAAACAUGUCAUGGCUUGCAUGGUCAGCAGCGAUGUUGAACUCUUUGAAUUUCAUCCCAAUGGCACUCCUGCGUUCGAUGCUAAGAGUGAACCUAAACUAUCGUCAUCCAGUGGCCGGCUUCUGUCGAGACAGUCGAAUGGCACAGAGAGUACAAGAGACUUUGAUCUGUGUUGGUGGGGGCUUUAGUACUGAGGCUGAGAGAGGUGGGUUUCAGAUUGAUUUCGUUUCUGAUUACCAAUCAGUGGUUUAG